UAAAUUCUGAAAAGAAAAUUUGGAUGAGUUAUAGAAAUAAUUCUAGUAAAGAUUAUUAUAUGUAUUAUCAAGUAGCAGGAGGUGGUUUAGAACUUUAUAAAUCUUUUGUUGAUUGUGUCAAGCGAGAAGUACUUGAAGAGACCAAAUUAGAUUUGAAAGAUUUUCACUUUAUUGCAUAUAAUGAAGGCUUUCGUAUAUUUCCUGACUGCCCAGAUCAUGAAAUCAUGUUCAAAACUGCAAUCUAUCUUACUAUUACUGAUGAAAUUCUACAAUUAACAGAACCUGACAGGAAUUCUGCAUGGGAGGCAUAUACUAUCAAUAAGUUUAAAAAUCUCAAAGUUACUGAUUCUUUACGACUUAAAGAAUCAGUAAUAAUUGAGGCUAUUAAUUCAAAAUUCAGAAAUUGUAGAAAAUGUAAGAAUGAGAUUAAUUAUGUUGAUUCUCAAAAACAAGUUAAAUUAGAACAUAAGGAACCUGAAUCUACAACAUCAUCCCCAUCUCCACUUCAAUAG